UGCAUAGUGGGAUAGCAUUCCAGAACGCCCCCCUCCCAGGAUUGUCAGAACUGCAGGCAGCCAACAACAACUCUCCGAUCAGCUGCAUGCAUCAAGUUUCUUCCGUUGGACGACCCCACAAAGCAUGGUCAGCAUGUUCCACCUGGGAUGGCUCGGUGGUACUGUUUUCAAUCGCUCUGUGUCGACCGUUGGCGUGGUUUUCACCGAUAUCCGCAGGUAUCUCGGCAUACUAACCUUUACCGAGCGUAUGAAAGAACAGUGGCGCAAGGAGCAAGUCACACUAAAGGAAAAACUGUUGGAACAAGAUACUGAAGAAUGGCAGCAAACUUCAGACGAUACCACUCCAUUCUAUGGGCUGAAGUACGUAGCUGGUCUGGAUCUCAGCUAUGCUAAAGAUGACCCAGAGAAGGCUUGUGCUUCCCUCGUUGUGAUGUCUUACCCUGACCUUGAGGUGGUGUACUCGGAUUGUACACCUGUACAGGUGACAGCACCAUACGUACCUGGCUUCUUAUGUGCACGUGAAGUGGGUUUCCACGUUCAGAUGGUUGAUAGGCUGCAACAAUCGGCUUCAGAAUACAUGCCACAGGUCUUACUAGUCGACGGGAAUGGAAAGCUGCACCCAUCAGGAUUUGGGAUAGCCUGCCAUCUUGGUGUCCUCACUGAUCUCCCAACUGUAGGUGUCGCCAAAAACCCCUUCACUGGGUUUGACGGGAUGACCAAGGAAAAGCACAAAAACGUUUCGGCUGAACAGUUGAAGAAAGGCGGAGAUUCGUUUCUGGUUGUAGGAACAUCCGGGAAGGUUUACGGUAGAGCGCUGCUUAGUAAGGACGGGAUUACGUCACCUGUGUAUGUAUCUGUUGGACACAGAGUAACGCUGGAUACGGCAGUGAAACUCGUAUAUGCCUGCUGUCAGUAUAGGGUACCAGAGCCCAUACGACAGGCAGAUCUCAGGUCUAGGGAGUACAUACGACUGCAUUUUGGUAGUGACAGCACUACAUAAGGAAAAGGGAGUUACAGGUCAAAAUUUGAUACAUGUAAAUUACAGUAAUUCAUGUAGCAAAUGCAAAUUUAGAACAUAAAUUUUCUACCAGGAAUCCAUACAGAUAUGUACAUUUUGUAUGUGAGAAAAUCUAAUUUAUGUGUAUGUAGAUGUUUAUUCUUCAAGAUUCUAAUAACUAAAGUACAGUUUAAGUACCUGUUGCAAAUCAUUUGUAUUUUAGAUACGUCAUCAAUGAAAGGGAUUUUUAAAUGCUUCAAUCCCAGCCAUUGAAAUCUAAAAUAAAAAAAACUUGAUAACUCAGAAAUAUCAUUUACAGCCAUGUUCAAUGACAAGUUAGAUACAAUAAAAAUUAAUACAUUUUCCUUGCUACUAGCACUUGCCUUCUUGGCUUUGUGAAACAGCAAUGUUUUGUAGCAUGAUACAGUUGAAAACUAUAAUGCCUUCCAUACAAAGUAAAUGGAGUUACCAUUGAGUUCACAACAACAGAGCAUAUAUAUAUAUAUAUAUAUAUAUAUCACUGGGUCAUGUGCAUGGCCACAUACUACCCCUUUGCCUUCCUGCUACUAGUAAGGAAUUAAAAUGACUCUACACUGAUGGGUCUAUUUUGUACUGACAAAUAGCCCUCACGGGCUCUCACAAACCUGAUUUAUUAUACUGAUAACCUCUUAUGGCAAUGCAGUGAAGCUGCCAAGUCCCUACAUGCCUCAUGACUAAUGUUAGCUGGAUUCCUGCUCAUAUUUGGGCCUGGAGCUAGUCUACUUUGGCUCGUGUUGUAGCCACACAGUCUCCGACUUGGAUGGAAAAAUAAGUCUGCCGUGCUGACCAAUGUUUUCUUCACACUUUACUAAAGAUGCCGACGUGAUGAUCUUAUACUCUGUACGUGACUGGUUUCAGCUGUGUCUGUGUCUUAUGUCAGUGUGAUGGAGAGCUUUGGCAAACCAUGUAUUGACACAUAUAUCCAUGCAACUU